AUGCGUCGAAGGCUGUUGUCUGAAUCCCAGGUUGACAAAGAGUACUUCAAUUCCCUCAUCGAACAACAGAAGGUCGAUGACAUCACAAUCGGCGUAUUUUAUCGAUCUCGAACUUUGACAGUGUUGGCCAUAAUCUGGUUGUGCCUAGUAUAUGUUGCUUUCUCAAGGCCUCCUUCACAACCAUUGGAGAAUAAUUUAUUCCAUGCAUUCAUUGCAGUCUGCGUUAUAUUUUUAUUGAUAUCGGUGAUGAUAAUGCCAAAUGGUCCUUUUACUCGACCACAUCCUGCUAUAUGGAGAAUUGUUUUUGGUGCCAGUUUAUUAUAUUUUUUGUGUUUAGUCGCUGUUGUAUUUCUCCGUUUGGAUGAAGCUCGUGCUAUUUUAAUUUGGGUCUACCCUGAAUUAAAGCACAUGCGUCAUUCUGAUAUUCUUGACAAGGAAUAUGCUGUUAAUUGUAGUCAGGUAUCAUUGGCUCGAAUUUACUCCCAUAUGGAUAUUUUUGCAUUAGCACACUUUUUUGGUUGGCUUGUCAAGGCGAUUUUAUUAAGACAUCAUAUAAUUGCUUGGACUUUAUCAAUUAAUUGGGAGAUAACAGAGGUUGCUUUCUCGCAUAUUCUGCCAAAUUUUAGUGAAUGUUGGUGGGAUAGUCUUAUACUAGAUGUAUUAGUCUGUAAUGGUUUAGGCAUACAAUGUGGUAUGUGGUUAUGUCGAUGGCUAGAAAUGCGUGAUUACAAAUGGGAUUCUAUACGUAAUAUUCCAAGUGCACGAGGGAAAUUGAAACGUGCCUUUCUACAGUUUACACCACGCAGUUGGACACAUACACGUUGGCUUCAUCCAGAUUCGUCUAUCCUACGUAGUUUUCUGCUUAGUCAAUUAAUAUUGGUCUGGCAAUUGACUGAAUUAAAUUCAUUCUUUUUAAAGCAUAUAUUCAUUGUUAAGCCUAGUCAUGUCUUGACACAGUUACGUCUACUUUUGAUUACAUUCAUGUCAGCACCAGCUAUAAGACAAUAUUACUUAUACGUUAUUGAUCCACAUAUAAAACGUGUCGGUUCUCAACUUUGGUUAUUUAUGGCGAUAGUGUUAACUGAAAGUUUAGUUUGCAUAAAACUUGGCAGUGAAAUUUUUGAGAAAACUGUUUUAUGGAAUUUAAUCUAUUGGUUUAUAUGGAUGGUUUUCAGUUCAUUUUUAACUGUAUGGCUUGGCCGAUAUUUAGCCAACGAUAACAACAAUAAUAACCCAUCGAAAUGGUUUCUAUCAUCUCAUUCAACAGACAACGGUAUAAUCUCGUCAACUAGUGAUUCAAAAGUCAAUUCUGAGAAAAAUUCUUCUCCUUCCAAAUCCCGUCAUGUAACGGUAUCAAAUGAUAUCACCACAUUUGAUGGAUCCCGAAGAGAUGAUACAAUGAACGAUAUGUGUACAACAAGGACCAUUUUCUGUAAUCAUACGAAAGCUGAAUGA